CAUUCAAUAAUUUAUAACGUUUAAAACGUUUAUGUAGUUAUUAUUUAAGUAAAUAUAAAAAGUGUUUCAUAUGAAAAUGGUAAUUAUUCCCGAAAGAUAUUAAUUAAUUCUCUUUACAUUUGUUCUUCAAAUCAUAAAAGCUACGUAAAGAUACGGGUUCUACAGAUGUGCUUCAUUAACAAUUGAAUGAGCAAAAUGCGUAACAUAUUUUUAGUCUCUUAUGACUUAUAACAAACAAAGCCAGCUGUUCUACAAGACUGAAAACAAAUAUGUAACCGUAUAUAAAAGUUGAAAUAAUGAGUGGCUGCUACUUCUUAUUCUUUAGUUCGUUAUUCGAUCUGGAUUUAAUUUGUGAUAAUAAGGAUGAUGAAGUUAACUAUUCUGUUCGCUGUGGCCGUUAUCGCUCAGCACGCUUAUUGCGAUGAUCCUGAACGAAUCGUUGGUGGUAACAUAGCCACAAUUGGACAAUUUCCGUAUCAAGUUUCUCUUCAAUCUUACGAUGAGCACAUUUGCGGAGGUAGCAUCAUUAGUAGUACUCACAUCCUCACAGCAGCGCAUUGCGUAGAUGAUGACUUCUAUACAAAUGAUAUGGUUGUUGUAAGUGGAAUUACCAAUCUGGCAGUAAACGGCGAAAAGCAUGACAUCAAAUGCAUUCGAAAACAUCCAAACUACACUGGUGAAAGAGAAGGUGGCUGGAAGGAUGAUAUCGCUGUGAUUACCUUGAGAAAGCCGAUUAAGUUCAACGAUGUGCAACGCCUAAUUCCUUUAGCAAGUGAAGAUCAUAUUAACGGUGGUAAGCGUGGAAUUGUAAGCGGAUGGGGAAAAACUAAAAUAAGUGGUUCGGCAUCGCCAACACUUCAAUGGCUCAGCGUGAACGUCUUGAGCCAAGAGCGUUGUCUACAUGGUCACAAAAAUCCACGUACCAACGAAAAUCAGAUAUGUACGCUGGAAAGAGUUGGAAAGGGCGCCUGCCAAGGUGACAGUGGUGGCCCUCUUGUUGUCGAUAACGAACUCGUUGGCGUUGUUUCUUGGGUCUUACCCUGCGCUUUGGGAAUAUCUGACGUAUAUACUAAUGUUUACAAGUAUCUUGAUUUUAUCAAGCAAUCUCAAUCGGUGUGCUAAUAAUCUAUGUUUAAAAUAUUAUGUAUUUUUGCAAAAAUAUUAAUAUUUUCGAAUUUUGUAAAAUAAGAUAACACUUUAUAGCAACAUCGAUUAAAUUACGUUAUAGUCUUUAUAAUGGAAUAAAAACUAUUAUAUUAUAUUACAAUCUUUACAACGGGAUUAUAUUACAAUUAAAUAUAAUCUAAAGCUUCUUCGUUUAAAGAAUAGA